UCUCAGAGGAGCAACAGCUUGGAGUUGGUCGGAGUGGACUUGGAUUCCUGUGCAGGGCAGAGAGCUUCACCCAGGGGUGCCACCCUCACCCUCACCCCCUGCACCUGUGGAGCUGCAGCCCGGACCCGGACAGCACCCUGCCUGCCUGUCUGCGGGCGCAGCGCCGGUCCGGCCCCCGCAGAGACGCGCAGGGAGGCGGCAGAGAGCUGGACUAGUCCGCCCUGGAGGAGCUCAGACCCGGCUGGAUGCGGCGCUGCGCGGCGAGGGGUUGGUCCGGGAGGACCCGGGCUGGACGGGGCUGAGAGCCGCCGUGGCCCCGGCAGGAGUGGCCCCCAGGAGCCCCCAGGAGCCGUCAGGAGCCGGAACCCUAACCCCCCUGUACCCCCCCAGACCCUCCUGCAGCCCGGAGACAUGAGCGCCUGCAGACGGACACAAAGCUCUGCUGCAGAUCUCCGUGAUUGAGUCUCCAUCCAUCCCUCCUUGCAUCCGUCCAUCUGUCCGUCCGUCUGUCCGAGGGUCCAGUCCGCACACCUUUCUUCAUGCACGCGCCUGGUUCCUGACAAUGGAUUACCUGCUGUGUGUGUGCAGCGUGCUCGUCCCCGCGGUGCUGGCGGUGGAAGAAACCCUCAUGGACAGUCGGUGGGCUACCACAGAGCUGGCUUGGAUGACAUUUCCAGAAAGUGGGUGGGAGGAGGUGAGCGGCUACGACGACUUCACCAGCCCCAUCCGGACCUACCAGGUGUGCAACGUGCGCGAGCCCAACCAGAACAACUGGCUGCGGACGGACUUCAUCCCGCGCCGGGGCGUGCUGCGCGUCUACGUGGAGCUCAAGUUCUCGGUGCGCGACUGCGCCAGCAUCCCCAACAUCCCGGGCUCCUGCAAGGAGACCUUCAACCUGUUCUACUACGAGUCGGAGGGCGACACGGCGACGGACAGCAGCCCGCUGUGGAGGGAGAACCCGUACGUGAAGGUGGACACCAUCGCCCCGGACGAGAGCUUCUCCCUGCUGGAGGUGGGCCGCAUCAACACCAAGAUCCGCAGCUUCGGCCCGCUCUCCAAGGCCGGCUUCUACCUGGCCUUCCAGGACCUGGGCGCCUGCAUGUCCCUCAUCUCGGUGCGGGUCUUCUUCAAGAAGUGCUCCACCACCAUCGCCAACUUCGCCGUGUUCCCGGAGACGGCCACGGGCGCCGAGGCCACGUCGCUGGUCAUCGCGCCGGGCUCCUGCGUCAACAACGCCAUGGAGCUGUCCGUGCCGCUCAAGCUGUACUGCAACGGCGACGGCGAGUGGAUGGUGCCGGUGGGCUCGUGCACCUGCGUGGCCGGCUACGAGCCGUCCGGGGACAGCACCCAGUGCCAGGCCUGCCUCAGCGGGACCUUCAAGUCCAAGUUCGGAGAGGACUCGUGCGCUCCCUGCCCGCCCAACAGCCGCACCAGCGCGCAGGGAGCCGGCGUCUGCCCCUGCCUGGGGGGCUUCUACCGCGCUGACAGCGACCCCCCGGAGUCCUCCUGCACCUCGAUCCCCUCAGCGCCACGCAACGUCAUAUCCAGCGUGAACGAGACCUCCCUGUCCCUGGAGUGGGACGAGCCGGAGGACUCGGGCGGCCGGAGCGACCUGGCCUACAGCGUGGUGUGUAAGAAGUGCCUGCGCGACAGCAGCCCGUGCACGCGCUGCAACGAGAACGUGGACAUCGCGCCGCGGCGGGUGGGGCUGCAGCAGCGGAAGGUGGUGGUGAGGAACCUGCAGGCGCACACCCGCUACAGCUUCGAGGUGCAGGCCGUCAACGGGGUCUCGGGGAAAAACCCCAGCACCCCCAGCUACUCCACGGUCAACAUCACCACCAACCAGGCCGCACCUUCAGCUGUGCCCACUGUUCAUCUGAUGCGCUCCACCUCCGACGCGCUCAGCCUGUCCUGGCUGCCUCCCGAGAACCCCAACGGGGUCAUCCUCGACUACGAGAUCAAGUACCAGGAGAGAGGCCAGCCCAUGUCCCACACGGUGACGUCGCAGCACAGCUCUGCCCGGGUGGAGGGCCUGAGGGCGGACACGCCCUACGUGGUGCAGGUCCGGGCGCGCACCGUGGCCGGAUACGGCCGCUACAGCAACCCCAUCGACUUCAGCACCAGCCUGCACAGUGACCCCCAGAAGUCGGUGCAGGACCAGCUUCCUCUCAUCAUCGGCUCGGCGUCGGCGGGUCUGGUGGUCAUCGUUGCCCUGGUGGUUAUCGCCAUCGUCUGCCUCAAGAAGCAGCGCAGCGGGUCAGAGCUGGAGUACACGGAGAAGCUGCAGCAGUACAUUUCUCCAGGUGUCAAAGUGUACAUCGACCCUUUCACCUACGAGGACCCCAACGACGCCAUCCACGAGUUCGCCAAGGAGAUAGACAUCUCCUGCGUGAAGAUAGAAGAAGUCAUCGGUGCAGGGGAGUUUGGCGAGGUGUGCCGCGGCCGCCUCAAGCAGCCGGGCCGCAGGGAGAUGGUGGUGGCCAUCAAGACGCUGAAGGCGGGCUACACGGAGCGGCAGCGCCGCGACUUCCUGGGCGAGGCCUCCAUCAUGGGCCAGUUCGACCACCCCAAUGUCAUCCGGCUGGAGGGCGUGCUGACGCGCAGCUGCCCCGUCCUCAUCAUCACCGAGUUCAUGGAGAACGGCGCGCUGGACUCCUUCCUCCGGCUGAACGACGGGCGCUUCACCAUGACGCAGCUGGUGGGGAUGCUGCGCGGCAUCGCCGCCGGGAUGAAGUACCUGUCGGACAUGAACUACGUCCACAGAGACCUGGCCGCCCGCAACAUCCUGGUCAACAGCAACCUGGUCUGCAAGGUCUCCGACUUCGGGCUCUCGCGCUUCCUGGACGACACGUCUGCUGACCCCACCUACACCAGCUCUCUGGGAGGGAAGAUUCCCAUCCGGUGGACGGCGCCGGAGGCCAUCGCCUUCAGGAAGUUCACCACGGCCAGCGACGCGUGGAGCUACGGCAUCGUCAUGUGGGAGGUGGUGUCCUACGGGGAGAGGCCCUACUGGGACAUGAGCAACCAGGAUGUGAUGACGGCAGUGGAGCAGGACUACCGGCUGCCCCCCCCCAUGGACUGCCCCAUGGUGCUGCACCAGCUGAUGCUGGAGUGCUGGAUGAAGGAGAGGAACCUGAGGCCCAAGUUCUCCCGCAUCGUCAGCACCCUGGACAAGCUGCUCCGCAACGCCGCCAGCCUCAAGGUGGUGACCAGCACCUACUCAGGGGACCUGCUGCGGCUGGGAGGAACGCUGCCGGGACACAACAGCAAGGCCCCCGACGACAGUCAGGACAUCAUCCGGCAACAGAUGAGCCAAACCCUCCCCAUCCGAGUGUGAACUGACAGACCGAAAGGAUGUAAGAAUGAACAAAAAAAAAAGAAAAAACUACCUACCGUAGAAACUCUGACGCAAGAGAGAAUGAUGUAAAAUACAGAAGAAGACGGUCCGGCUGUGCAGCGGACGUGGACGGCUCUGGACGCCUCCUUCUCACUGGAGACUUAAUGUCUGUAUAAAAAAAGAAGUUGCCAUUGCAGUGUGUGUGUUCAUUACUUGACACUUGUGGAUUUGUGACUGUUGACAUGAAGCCAGACUUCUUAUUGCUCCCUCUCAGGUUGUGUUUGCAUGCCUGCAUGUUUCUUUUCUGCCGGUUGGGGACUCGUCUCUCCUCUUAUUUCCCCCCCGAACACUGAGGAAGGUUGAACUCAGAGAUGAUUCAGUGCCAAGAUGAGGCAAACACUUGCUCUCAACUAACUCCCAAGACAGCGCCACCUCUGUAUUCAUUCAGUUUUCUGUUUUUUUUUGUUUUUUUUUUUCAACCCAACCAAAUGUUUUGUUUGAGUCCUUUUUAUUUUUUAUUUUUUUUUGGAGAAAAGAGUAAAAAAAAAAAAAAGAAGUUUCAUCUGCUUCCUCUUAAAGAACGUCUUCCACAUGUACCGGGAGAUAUACGUGUUACAGAUCUGUACAAAGCAUCCGAGUCUUCACGGCCCGCCCAGGGCGGGCAGCCAACACUGUGCGGGACACGUCAUGUGCAUGCCAAAGUGGAAACUCCUUCUUGUUGCUUCGGUGGCAUUUUUGCAGUAACGGCUCCAAAGCCGACGUUUUUUCUCAAUCUUAUUUGAUUCGCUUUGAUUUGAAUGCUAAAUUAUUAUCCGUUAAUGCAAAAGGAGGUUGUUUUUUCUGUGCGUGUGUGUGUGCGUGUGUGUGUUUUUUAAACCAAGGCUUAACUUUUAUAUUACAAUGCUUGUUUUUUUUGUUUUUUUUUUAUCAUGUUUUAGGAAACCAGACAGACACGAAUGAGUGAAUUAAAGAAAAGUUCAGCUCAGACGGACUAAUUACCUUUAAGAACACGGAUCAGACUGUGUUGCUAUCGCCAUACAGGGUUUUUUUUUGCAUUUUUUGUUUUGUGCUUUUUCUCGGAGGCGAAGGCCGCCGGCAGCAGAGCUGGCCGCGUCAGCGGGAAUGUGAAAGGUCCGUGUACUUCACGGCCAUCCGUUUUUUGUUUUGAAAUGACAAAAUAAAAAUAGAGAA